AUGGAUCUUAUGGAGUUGGGCGACAUGGGCAGUGGCUGUGAAGAUGAAAACUGUGGCCUCGCAUCUGGCUUCCCGGAGGAUUGCUUGAACCAAGAGUGCCAGUGGGAGGAACCUUUGUUUGGAUUGAUUGAGCUAGUGUGCGUAACUGUCAUAUACAUUCCACUGAUUCUCUUCGGCCUUCUGGGAAAUAUACUGACUAUUCUGGUGGUUUGGCUCCGACCCCACAUGAGGAGCUCUACCUAUCUCUACCUGAGCAGCAUGGCUGUCAGUGAUCUGCUGAUACUCCUGCUGUUGCCUCUGGAGCUCUAUAAGCUCUGGAGGCCCAGACCCUGGACCUUAGGAGACCUUGUCUGUAAGCUGACUAUGUUCCUCUCAGAGUGCUGCACCUUCUGCACAAUCCUCCACAUCACCUUCCUCUCCUUGGAGAGGUACCUGGCUGUCUGCUGGCCAAUCACAGCCAAGACCCUGGUGACACGGCGCAGAACAAGGGCUCUCAUCGGUUGCCUGUGGCUGGGCGCGGCCGUUAGUGCGGCACCGGUGUUGGUAAUGGUUGGAGUGGAGGAAGUCGAGGGAGAGGAGCUAGGGCUCGGAGGGUGGACAGGCAAGGAAGGAGAACAGGGAGGAUUUAUGAUAGGUGGAGGGGAAAGAGGAAGUGGACACAUGGCCUCAAUGAAUGGAGGAUUAGAGGGAAUAAAGUGGGGAGAAAAAGAGAAAAUGGGAUGGGGUGAAAGAGUCGGGGAGUUAAGAGAGAGAAAAGUGGGAAUAGAAGAAAGAGAUGAGAGGAAACAAGGAGAUGGAGGACAAAUACAAGUUGAAAAACAAGCAGAUGAAGGAGGAGAGAUGGAAGUUGAGGGAGAGCGGCAAAAUAAAAUGAAGGAAGAUGAGGGAGGAGGACGGGAAGAAGGCACUGAUGGAGGUCCAAAGGGACGGACUGACAAGAGAGAGUGCCGCUGCACACACUACGCCGCCUCCUCCGGCCUGUUGUCGGCCAUGAUGAUUCUCUCGAACUUGUACUUCCUGGUUCCUGUCAGCAUCCUGGGAGUGGUCUACAGCCUGAUUGGACGGACACUGUGGCUCCGUCCACAAAGCAGCCGUAGGGACCAGAGCCACCGGCACACUGUCAAAAUGCUGGGAGUGAUUGUCUUAGCGUUCGUCCUGUGCUGGCUGCCCUUCCAUGUGGGUCGGACCAUUUACUCUUUUUCGCAUGGCAUCGGCAUAGACGGACAGGAAGCAUACACGGACACAGACAUACACUCAGACAUUAACACUCUCUCUGAUGUCGGCAUAAACAGAGAUGUCGACAUUCACACUGUUGCUGAACCCAUUAGCCACUCGGACUCGGACUCGGACACGCGUUUCAAGACUGGAAAGAUGACUGCACACGAUCACACGGAGGGAGGCAAAAUGUUCUGUGACAACACACACACUGAUUAUUUCAACUUGGUGUCCUCUGUCCUCUACUGCCUCAGUGCUGCCAUCAAUCCUCUACUGUACAACCUGAUGUCCGCUAAAUAUAGACACGCCGUGCACAGCCUCAUACGCACACACUCUCACACACAGUCUCACCGCCUGCGCACACUCACGACACGGCACUCCACGACCACUUUGUAA